UGUCUAGUGCCUGGGCACAGGUCACAUGAUCAGCACCAUGGGGAGGCUUGGAGCGGCGCUGCUGCAGCUGCUGGUGUUGUUGUUGUUGUGUGGAUCCGCGGCGGCAGUUGGUGCUGCCUCAGAGUCUGGGAAGGAGGCCUGGGGAUAUGUCUCUGUUCGGCAGGAUGCAAAUAUGUUCUGGUGGCUUUACUACGCAGACAGUCCAACUCAAAACUUCACCGCCCUGCCUCUUGUUAUGUGGCUCCAGGGUGGCCCAGGAGCCUCCAGCUGUGGAUUUGGAAACUUUAAAGAGAUUGGUCCCCUCGACACUGAUUUGAAUCCCAGGAACAACUCAUGGGUGACAGCUGCCAGUUUGCUGUUUGUAGAUAACCCUGUCGGCACUGGGUACAGUUACACCACUGAUGCUAAAGCAUUUGCCAAAGACCUCUCCAUGGUUGUAACAGACAUGAUGGUUCUGCUGAAGGAAUUCUUCAACAUGAAGCCAGAAUUCCAGAAUGUUCCAUUCUACAUUUUUGCUGAAUCCUAUGGUGGUAAAAUGGCAGCUGGUAUUUCUUUGGAGCUGAUUAAGGAGGUCCAGCUCAAUCAAAUCAAGUGUCAUUUUGCUGGUGUGGCUUUGGGAGAUUCCUGGAUCUCGCCUCUGGAUUCAGUCCUAUCGUGGGGGCCCUACCUGUACAGCAUCUCUCUGCUUGAUGACCAGGGGCUGGCAGAGGUCAACUCUUACACUGCGAGAGUUCAGGCAGCAAUUGAAGCUGGUGAUUAUCAGAAGGCAACUGAGCUCUGGUCUGUAACAGAGGAGGUUGUUGAGAAAAAUACCGAUGGGGUGAACUUCUACAACAUAAUGACCAAACGGACAGACUCGGAUUCUCCACAAAUUAUGCCACUGAUGAGCUCCCAACUAGUCAGUCUUUACAAACAUCAUAUCAGCCCCUUGCAGGGUCCCAGCCUAGAUUGGCUGAUGAAUGGGCCAAUCAGAAAGAAGCUGAAAAUCAUCCCGGACUUUGUGAAAUGGGGAGGGCAGUCUAAUGAGGUUUUCUCCAAUAUGGAAGGCGAUUUCAUGAGACCAGUAAUCGACAUAAUUGACAAGCUGCUUAUUGCCAAUGUGAAUGUCACGGUUUAUAACGGACAACUCGACCUGAUUGUGGACACCCUGGGGCAAGAGAUGUGGGUGAAGAAGCUGAAAUGGCCAGGUCGUCCUACAUUCUCCAGUCUGCGCUGGAAACCUGUGUACACUCCAUCGAAGCUCUCGGAUACUGCUGGAUUCUAUAAGCAGCAUCAGAACUUUGCCUUCUUCUGGAUCCUGAAAGCUGGUCACAUGAUUCCAUCUGACCAGGGAGAGAUGGCACUGAAAUUAUUACGGAUGGUGACAGGACAGGAGUAGCUGUAAAAAUGCUGUUCAAAUCCAUGAUUAGUUUGUGGUGUCACCCCUCGAGAUUUGGGGCUGGAGUUACUCAGGGAGAGAAGGCCAUUCUGUGAAGAAUGACCCAGACAAUGGCACCUUGUUAAACCUAAUAUUGUUGCCCCUGAUGCACAGAGUGGGGAUGUACUGAAAUGUCAGAAUCCUCUUUUCUUGAUUAAAAUGAACUCUGAUAGCUU